CGCGCGUCCGCACGUCACUCGCGAUCGUCUCGCCACGACUGGCGAAAGCGCAUCGCACGGCCCGCCACGAGCAACCGCACCGAGAGGGUACUAUCGAAAAGCGACGAAGUACGUCCCGGAGACGAGUACUCGAGCGCCCAUCACACAACCCUUGUUCACCUGAUAGUGUGCGCUGUUCUCGGUCCGCCGUAGCCGUCGUCGGUUUUCGGAACGCGUGCUGCUGCUGCUGCUGCUGCGGCCCCGUUGAGAUGUGCAACCCGACCGACCCCGGUUGAGCGGCGACCGGACCGAAGGGGAACCGUGGCCAUGUCCGCGGUCCAUGAGUCGUGCCAUUCAAAGUGAAACCCGGCGAAUGGGACUAUGGGAAUUUGUCUGGACACAGACAAAAAUCCCGAUGAUAAACAUUUUGAAAACGGUCCAAAAGAAAGACAUAUCUGGGAAGCAGAUGAUAGUGACGAAACCUACAGAAAUGAUACUGGCAUGUUUACGCAUAUCAACAGCCACGUCAAAUUCGACACUCCGAAAGUUCCUGUUAUUUUCGUGCUCGGUGGACCCGGAAGCGGUAAGGUCACGCACUGUGACAACCUGAUGAUAGAGAAGAGAGGUAUUGUGCACAUAAACAUGACCGAUUUGCUGCAACAGUACACCGUCGGAAACGAUAUGGAAGACUUCAGUAAACUUUCCAGUAAAACGGUCACAGAAGUACUGAUGUUGGAACUGAAAAUGUCUCCUGCGGCAAAAACGUUUUUAAUCUCAGGAUUUCCGAGAAGUAUGCGUGAUGUAGUGGAAUACACAAACAAGAUUAAAGUCGUAAACGGAGUUAUUCUCAUAUCAUGGAAUCAAAACGUGCUAGAACGCCAAAUUGAUUACGGUGCCAAAUUAGGACACGUAGUGUUGAGCUUAGCCCGGAUGGAGCUAAACAAUUUUUACAAAAACGUCACGCCGGUGUCUGAUUUUUACGACCAAAGAGGAAUGCUCAUUUCGAUCAAUGGCGAACGGAGCCCGAUCGAAGUGUACAACGACUUUCGUUCUUCGGUCUUACAAAUACUGAGUGCCCACAAGAACCCGGUGCCCAUCGCUAUACCCAAUGGCAACGUGCACUCAAACCCUGAUACUGAACAACCAAAAACCGACACGGCUCAUCCAAACGACAACCUUACCGAGUACCCGAACGAUGGUACCGAGAACCACGAUCCAGUGGAAUCUGAUCGAACUACCGGUUACGAUCCGGGGCCAAUGAGAUUUCCACGAGUCAUUUUCGUUGUAGGCGGUCCGGGUAGCAAUAAAAGUUCAUUGUGCCAAAAAGUACUCAGGGCUAAUAACGGUUGGGGACACAUAAGCGUGGGACUGCUCCUGCGGUCACAAGCAACGUCUCAAGAACAGCUGCAGGACACUAUUAGCAGUGGACAAAUCGUCGACGAGUCAAUCGUGCACGAAAUAUUAGACAGAGAACUGUUAAAAUACAGAAAUUCGGAGGGUAUCGUAAUUGAUGGUUAUCCAAGGAAUAUUGGACAGCUCAACUAUUUUGAAAAAAAGUAUGCUCAACGACCAAUGUUGAUACUGUUGGAUUGCUCAAAGUUGCAGUUAGGUCGCGGAAGGCUGGAUGACAGCGUGUCGGCGUUCCGCCGGCGUUUGGAGGUUUUCCGCGAACUAACUUUACCGAUGCUCAAGGCGCUGGACCGAGACAAUCGCUUAGCUGUAGUGGAUGGUAACACCGACGAUAAAAAAGUGCAGGACACGUUCAUUGGCACUCUUAUGGAGACGAUGAAGGGUGGAAACUUUCCUGUUUUCCAGGAGGACAUGGACGUGGUGGUCAAUGACGACGGGACCAUGCUCCAGGACCAGGAGAGACAAAUGGCUGCAGUAGGACCGACGUCUAACGAACUGUCUUCGGAGCAGAGACGGUCUCCCGUCGCUAUCGCCGGGAUAACGGUACCCCAUCAACACGGUUACAUACCGAACAAUACGAAUAAUAUGAAUACGAACCAUAUUAACAAUAACAACAACAAUAAUCAGGAACAACAAAUGCGUUAUAAUGUACGUAACAUGUACGCUCAAAUAGGAUCGUAUCCAAAUGAUUCUGUAUUAUAAAACGAGGUAUGAGAAAAUAUAUAUUUGUAUUUAAAUAUAACCGAUAACAUUAUAAGGUUUGAAAA